AUGGAGACUUUCCUAUUCACAUCCGAGUCUGUGAACGAAGGACACCCAGACAAGCUUUGCGACCAGAUCUCUGACGCAGUCCUCGACGCCUGCCUUGAGCAAGAUCCAGACAGCAAAGUCGCCUGUGAGACAUGCACCAAGACCAACAUGGUCAUGGUCUUCGGUGAGAUCACCACCAAGGCCACGGUCGACUACGAGAAGAUCGUCCGUGACACUUGCCGCGCCAUUGGAUUCAUCUCCGACGAUGUUGGUCUCGACGCGGACAAAUGCAAAGUCCUUGUCAACAUCGAGCAACAGAGCCCAGACAUUGCUCAAGGUGUUCACGGUCACUUCACAAAACGUCCUGAAGACAUUGGAGCUGGUGACCAAGGACACAUGUUUGGUUACGCCACUGAUGAAACCCCUGAGUUCAUGCCUUUGAGCCACGUACUCGCAACCAAGAUUGGUGCUCGUCUCACUGAAGUCAGAAAGAACGGAACUUGCCCUUGGGUGAGACCAGACGGCAAAACCCAAGUCACUGUCGAGUACUACAACGACAAUGGUGCCAUGGUUCCAGUCCGUGUCCACACAGUUCUCAUCUCAACUCAGCACGAUGAGACAGUGACCAACGAGGAGAUCGCUCGUGACCUCAAGGAACACGUGAUCACACCAGUCAUCCCGGAGAAGUACCUUGACGACAAAACCAUCUUCCACCUCAACCCAUCAGGCCGGUUUGUGAUCGGAGGACCUCACGGUGACGCCGGUUUAACCGGACGUAAGAUCAUCAUUGACACUUACGGUGGAUGGGGAGCUCACGGAGGAGGUGCUUUCUCAGGGAAAGACCCGACCAAAGUCGACAGAAGCGGAGCUUACAUUGUGAGGCAAGCCGCGAAGAGUGUGGUGGCUAAUGGAAUGGCUCGUAGGGCUCUUGUUCAGGUCUCGUACGCCAUUGGAGUUCCCGAGCCAUUGUCUGUCUUCGUUGACACUUACGGGACAGGGUUGAUUCCAGACAAGGAGAUAUUGAAGAUCGUGAAAGAGAACUUCGAUUUCAGACCAGGAAUGAUGACGAUCAACUUGGACUUGAAGAGAGGAGGUGGAAGGUUUUUGAAAACGGCGGCGUAUGGACAUUUCGGAAGAGACGACCCUGAUUUCACCUGGGAGGUUGUGAAGCCACUCAAGUGGGACAAACCUCAAGCUUAA